CCGGGGCUCAUGUCGGAGGAGUGCGGGCGGAUUGCAGCCCUGGCGGCCGGGCGGACUCGGAAAGGCGCCGGGGAAGAGGGACUGGUGAGCCCCGAGGGAGCGGGGGACGAGGACUCGUGCUCUUCCUCGGCGCCGCUGUCCCCGUCGUCCUCGCCCCGGUCCAUGGCCUCGGGCUCCGUCUGUCCCCCUGGCAAGUGUGUGUGCAACAGCUGCGGCCUGGAGAUCGUGGACAAGUACCUUCUCAAGGUGAAUGACUUGUGCUGGCAUGUUCGAUGUCUCUCCUGCAGUGUCUGCAGGACCUCCUUAGGAAGGCAUACCAGCUGUUAUAUUAAAGACAAAGACAUUUUCUGCAAACUUGAUUAUUUCAGAAGGUAUGGAACUCGCUGCUCUCGUUGUGGGAGGCACAUCCACUCUACUGACUGGGUCCGGAGGGCCAAGGGGAAUGUCUAUCACUUGGCAUGCUUUGCCUGCUUUUCUUGCAAAAGGCAGCUUUCCACAGGAGAGGAGUUUGCUUUGGUGGAAGAGAAAGUCCUCUGCAGAGUGCAUUAUGACUGUAUGCUGGAUAAUUUGAAAAGAGAAGUGGAAAAUGGUAAUGGCAUUAGUGUUGAAGGUGCCCUUCUCACAGAGCAAGAUGUUAAUCAUCCAAAACCAGCAAAAAGAGCUCGGACCAGCUUUACAGCAGAUCAGCUCCAGGUAAUGCAAGCGCAGUUUGCUCAGGACAACAACCCAGAUGCACAGACUCUCCAGAAACUGGCAGAAAGGACAGGCUUGAGCAGACGUGUGAUACAGGUGUGGUUUCAGAAUUGUAGAGCACGCCACAAGAAACACGUCAGUCCUAAUCACUCUUCCUCGGCCCCAGUCACAGCAGUCCCACCCUCCAGGCUGUCUCCACCCAUGUUAGAAGAAAUGGCUUAUUCUGCCUACGUGCCCCAAGAUGGGACGAUGCUAACUGCUCUGCAUAGUUACAUGGAUGCUCAUUCACCAACAACUCUUGGACUCCAGCCCUUGUUACCCCAUUCAAUGACACAACUGCCAAUAAGUCAUACCUAA